CUCCCGGCGCGUCAUCGGAGCACCAUGGCGGAGCUGGGAGCAGGAGGCGACGGCCACAGGGGCGGCGACGGCGCAGUGCUGAGCGAAACAGCGCCUGACAGCAAUAAAGUGCAAGAUAAGAAAAUUGCCCCGAACCGUUCCUCCUCUGUGGUUACAGGACAAAGCAGCAGCCACUCAGGAAACAAACCAGACCCCCCACCAGUGCUUCGGGUUGAUGACCGGCAGCGGCUGGCCCGGGAGCGUCGCGAGGAACGGGACAAGCAGCUAGCUGCACGAGAAAUUAUCUGGUUGGAGAGAGAAGAGCGCGCCAGGCAGCACUAUGAGAAGCACCUGGAAGAACGGAAGAAGAAGUUGGAGGAGCAGAGACUGAAGGAGGAGCGGCGGAGAGCGGCGGUGGAGGAGAAGCGCCGGCAGCGACUGGAGGAGGACAAGGAACGCCAUGAAGCUGUUGUCCGGCGCACGAUGGAAAGAAGCCAGAAGCCAAAGCAGAAGCCCAACCGAUGGUCAUGGGGAGGCCCUCUGCACGGGGGCCCUGGCAUCCACGGCACAGAUCCAGACAGGCGGUCAGUUUCCACCAUGAAUCUUUCGAAACAUGUUGAUCCCGUCAUUAGCAAGCGGCUCUCCUCCUCAUCUGCAACUUUACUAAAUUCUCCAGAUAGAGCUCGCCGCCUGCAACUCAGCCCAUGGGAGAGCAGCGUUGUUAACAGACUCCUGACGCCCACACACUCGUUCCUGGCCAGAAGUAAAAGCACGGCUGCCCUGUCUGGAGAAGCAGCAUCUUGCAGCCCCAUCUCCAUGCCCUCCAAAGCCGCACACUCUAGACAUCCGGUGGAUCGACCAAAAUUCUUUGUAACGCCGUCCGAGGGCUCUGCACGCAGGAGGACCGUUCAUGGCACGGCGGGCUCUAAAAGAGACAGAGAUCGAGAGAACAUCCCCUUCCACCUCACACCCGGCGUCCGACGGGCUCUGUCUCCAUCGAAUCCCAAAGCGAGGUCGUCGGCUCCCUCCCGACUUUGGCUCCCGUCCAAGUCCUUUCCGCACUUGCCCGGCACACCGCGCCCAGCAUCCUCCCUACUUCCUGGCGCCAUCAAAGCUGCUCCUGCUCAGGUCCGGCCCCCUUCCCCUGGCAACAUCCGCCCUCUCAAGAGAGAAGUCCGAGUGGAACCUGAGAAAAAAGACCCCCAGAAGGAGCCUCCAAAAGUUGCCAACGAGCCCGCACUGAAGGGCAGAACACCUCUAGUGAGGGUGGAAGAAGCCACGGUUGAAGAGGGGACACCUGGCGAGCCAGAAGCCGACACUGCUGCUCCAGCUGAGGCACCAGCUCCAGCCGCGGGCCCGGCCGAGGCCCCCGGCCAGGCCGCCCCUGUGACGGCCACUGCUUCUCCCAAGAUGUCCGCAGGCACCACCGACCCGGAAGAGGCCACCCGUCUGCUAGCUGAGAAGAGACGGCUGGCCCGAGAGCAGAGAGAGAAGGAGGAAAGGGAGAGGCGGGAGAGGGAAGAGCUGGAACGACAAAAGAGAGAGGAACUGGCUCAAAGGGUGGCCGAAGAGAGGACGCGCCGCGAGGAAGAAUCCCGGCGGAUAGAAGCCGAGCAAGCCCGGGAGAAGGAAGAGCACCUACGGCUCCAGGCUCAAGAGCGGGAGCAGCGCGAGCGGGAGGAGAUGGAGCGUGUGCAGAAGCAGAAGGAAGAAGAAGCUCGUGUUCGCGAAGAAGCCGAGCGGGUCCGGCAGGAGCGGGAGAGGCAUUUCCAGCGGGAAGAGCAGGAGCGCCUGGAGAGGAAGAAGCGACUUGAGGAGAUUAUGAAGAGGACCCGGAGGACAGACGCCACAGAUAAGAAAACCAUUGAUCAGAGAAAUGGCGAUAUCCUCAGGGGAGCUGUCACUGGAGAAACAGAGCUGUCUGCACUUCCAGGCAUGACAAACUCUCCAGGAAAUGGAGCACCAGUGCCCAGCCCGCUUGUGGUCACCUCACACCAAUCGAAAGUGACCAUGGAUAGCACACCCAAUUUGGAAAAACAACCAAAUGAAAAUGGAGUCUCUGUUCAAAAUGAAAAUUUUGAAGAAAUUAUAAAUUUACCCAUUGGAUCUAAACCAUCCAGAUUAGAUGUCACCAACAGUGAGAACCCAGAAAUCCCUUUGAAUCCAAUACUGGCCUUUGAUGAUGAAGCGACACUUGGGCCCUUGCCUCAAGUAGAUGGUGUUCAAACACAACAGCCCGCAGAAGUUAUAUGAGCAUUUCUUUUGAAGAACCAAAGCAGAAAUUUCCUAAGAAUUUCUACGAUGAAUGGAAUUCCUUUCAUGCUAUAAAGGAGCAUCCUGCCCCUCCCCCUCCAGUUUUCUAAGGAUUUCUUGAUCACCCUUUUGAAAAGACUUUAUUAAAACCAGCUGAAGACAACAGACUGGAUAGCUUUUCUAAUAACUUUCGCCAAUAGAAAGGAACGCUCCUUACUCUUCAGUACUUUAAAACAGCUUUUUCCAGUGUGCUCCUUCUUAGCAAAUCAAUAUUUUUCUGCAUUCUUUAAGAAAAAGACAAGAACAUUUCACUCUAAAGAAAUGGGUUGGCCAGGCAUGACUUUUCCCUUAGAUAUUUUGGUCUUAAAGGCUUAACAUGUAAAAUUGGCACCGAAAAAAAAAAUUUACCUUUACCAAUAUAAUACUUGAAAAAUAAGUACCUCUUUGCUCUACAAGUAGAGUGACUGGGGGCCAUGUUUAAAUUCAACCUGUGUGUUUAAAUAUGAUUGCGAGGAGCUCUAUUUGUCGAGGCAAAUCACAGGCAGAUUACCAGGUCCUGGUAAGUGCAGCUUGGCCAUGAAUGCUCUGCAAACGCAGCUGUCACGUCCUUCUUGCACCUCCUUUUAUGAAAGCAUACUAACAAGUUGUAAAAUGUGAAAAAAUACAACAUUAUUUUUUCAGAGCAAGAAAAUAACUUAAUGUGCUCUUAAAUAAUGUAUUUAUAAAGGUUUUCCAGAUAAACAGAUCAAAUAAAUUAGAACACCGUGACCAUAUUGCAAAUCUGAUUUAUUAAAUGCAUCCCUUCCAGCACUCCCACCAGAGAAUGUUACUGACGAUUCAGGGUUAUUUGUGAAGUCUGUAUGUUGCUGCUGUCCCUGGUGACGAUGGGACUUACCUUUGCCUUACCUGAUCGCAAAUUAUAGUGGGGUGGGGGAGGGAGAUAAAGAUUUACUGUUUCUUUAAAUUAAAAAAAAAAAAAAUUGGUUUUGCUCGUUUCAGAGCAAUGAAACAGUGACGGGACACAGAACGUCCUCGCUGGGCGCGGCACCCGUCAGCUUCCCACUUAUCACUCGUGUCCUUCGCCUCUGCUGCUGAGCCCAGCUGUACAAACUUGCACUUUCACUCGCUGAUAUAAAUUCCAUUUUAUUUUUCCCUUUUUAGAGAUUGCUAAUGAAGAAAUGUAGGAGGAGAGGGAAUGUGUGUUUUUAUGUGGAGUGUUACAGAUAAAUUUGUACCACUAUAAGGUGUUUUUAUCAAACAAGGGGUUGGUUACUGAAUUCAAUGAUACUUCAUCUAUUGGACUAUUUCUUUUCAAUCCAAGCAUAUGGUCUUAGCUUGUAAUUUACUAAAACAUUCAUUUGAGUUUUUUCCCUAUUCUCAGUUGUCCAUGUACACAGUCAUUAUAUUAAAAAACAAAAAUCUGUUCAACUGAGUUGUUUUAUUUGUUUAGAUCAACCUAACAUAAAAAAAAAACAAAUAAAAUGUUGGACAUAGUU